AUAAAUCAAACUCGCCGCGCCGGAAAGCGACCGCAGAGCCGGCCCGUCUCCUCUCCUCCUCGAUAUAUGACCACCAGCACUGUGUUUCCCACGCCUAACCACUCCGACGCGUGACAGCCGCCGGCGCCGAUCUGACCAGCCUCCCUCCGCCUGCCUCGCACGCGCGCCGGGGAAAGGGAAAGGGAAAGGGAAAGGGAGAGAGGAUCAGAGGAAGAUGUGCUGCUGUUGCGGCGGCGGCGACCGCGACCACGACCACGGCUGCCGGCCGCUCGGGUUCCUGCUCGGCCUGCCCUUCGCGCUCCUCGCCGUCCUCGUCUCCAUCGUCGGCGCCAUCAUCUGGAUCAUCGGGCUGCCCAUCUCGUGCAUCUGCCCGUGCUGCCUGUGCGUGACGCUGCUGCUGGAGGCGGCGGUGGAGCUCGUCAAGGCGCCGCUGCACGUCAUGACGUGGUUCACCUCCAAGAUACCCUGCUGAUUCCGCGGUGACCAGGGGCCGCUCGCUCGCCCCCUCGCUCAUGGCUUAGUCGGCGCUGCACAUGCCCGCAGAUUCUUGUUGUUUUUUCCCACCUGGAAACAUAUAUGUUCGCGGAUUGAUUGGUGUAUAUUCGUACCGUGGCUGAUGAUUCCUGCUCGUUUCCCCCUCUGGUUC